AAUGUUAUAACAUUUUAAAAUAAAGUUAUUUUCCUCCUGUCGACGAUAGUCAAACUUUUCAAAGUUAUUCAGUUUCUAAGUUAAAAAAUAAAUAUUCAAACUACAAGUCAUAACUAACAUUCUUCACAUCAGGACCUGCUCAGCACGUGGUAUUUAAGAUGAUGACAACAAGCGUGAUCAUGGCAUCAUGGUUGGGAAACUGACAAGAAUCAAUUGAUCUACUAAAAUAUUGACAAUGUCCGCGGCAAGUCGAGCUGCUAAACGUUCAAUCAAAGUCCCAUGGAACAAGUUUGGCUAUGACCGAAUGCCAGAGAGGUUUUCACUUUCCUUACCUGGUUCUAAACGAAAGAAAAAACCAAGAAAAUUACCUAAAGAUUGGCCUGUAGUCAGAGGGGAUUUUGUUGAGAUUCUUAGUGGUAAAGAUAAAGGCAAACAAGGCAAAGUGAAGGAUGUAUUUCGAUCAAAAAAUACAGUUAUUGUUGCUGGAUUAAACACUGAAAUUCAAAGACUGGAUGAAACCGAAGCUAUGCCAGGGACAUUUAUUCGUGUAGAGGAACCAUUACCAUACACAAAUGUAGCUUUGGUUGAUCCAACAGACAAACAACCAACAACUGUUAGUUUUCGCUUCACUGAACAAGGUGAACGAGUACGAGUUUCAGACAGAACAGGACGCAUCAUCCCUAAACCACCGUGGGAGAGAAGAGACUGGAAACAAAGAUCAGCUAUAAAAGAUGGUCCUCUAGAUACCAGUCCCUCUGAAGCAGCACGGAGCACAUUCAUUCCGUCAUUGUUACACUUUCACGAGGAAAUAAUGUUCUUACAAGGAAUUCAACCGUCAGUUGAGAAGAAAAAACCUUCUGUACGUGAUCUUAUAGUGCAAGAACUUCUUAAGGAACAUAAACCUACUGACCUUGCCAUUCCUCAACCAGAACCUGGAAAACUCACUAAAAUAUAUAUCUGGCUACAAGGGAUCAUUCAAAGAUUGCCGUUCUUUCGAAAGUAAAUUCCUGAGAAUCUGGCAAAAAUGUUAAUUAACAGUUCUAAGCUAAAAACUUUAUUGAAAUCAUAAGUACUAACUGUCACAUAAAGGGAAAAUGUUUAACAUAGCAUCAUAUUAACAAAACUUGAGUAAAAUAUAAAAUAUGAUGUUUUCUAGCAGUGAAAAUACUAACAA